UCCUAACUCCUAAUGCGUUUCUGUGUACUGUGUUAUGUGUUGUAUAAUAAAUAAUAUAAAUUAAAAUUGUUAAAUAGUAAAUACCUACACCUAUAUUUAGUAGGUAUAGAAAAGAACAUAAUCAUAAUAUAGUUAAAUGAUAUUUUGUGCAUGCCUACAACUUUGUAAUAAAAUAAAAAAACUGAAGUGUGAAGGUACCUAUUGUCGAUUUAGAUGUGCUUCGUAUUGUGAAUUGCAAUCCAUACUUAACGAAAUCUAAUUUUUUUAUGUAUAUAAUUUUGUUCUAAUACAUUCUUGAAAUAAGACAACACUUCAAAUAAAAAUGUUUUUCUUAUAAUAUAUCCGUCAUCGGACUAAGUUGAAUUAUGUCAAAUUUUUCAUUGUUCAAUUGUACAUUUAUUUAUUGCUAAAUGGAAUCAGUAAACAUCGAAACUAAAGAUGACAUUUUGCAAAGACAUAGAAAUGAGAAAAAAGACAUGCAAUGUAAGAUUCAAUCAAUGAAGAAGUCGGUAGCAAAGGGUGAUCGGAAAAAGAAGAAAGAAGUUGCUGAGCAAACAGCAGAAAUUGAAGCCAAAUUAAAGCAUAAACAUUUAGAAGAAUUAAGUACAUUUACAGAGGAAAAUGAAGAACCUUCUCUGAUUAAAAGUUUACAAGAAGUUAAAAUUAAUGAUACUACUACUAAAGUUAGUAGAGCUGAAAAACGGCGAUCAAAAAAAAUCACUCAAUUGAAGGAGAGACAAGCAUUAAUUGAAGAACAUGAUAUUCAAAACAUUGGUGGUACACGACAUAUAGAAACUCAAACUUUAGUUAAGAAACUCAAAAAUCUGGGUUUUGUUAUUUUUGAUAUUCCUUCAGAUGGUAAUUGCUUAUACAGUGCUAUUGUACACCAGCUUAAAGAAGUAUGUGGACAAACUUUUACUGUAUCUGAAAUUCGACUUAAAACUUCUGACUUUAUCAAAUGCAACAAAGAUGACUUUAUCCCUUAUUUAAGUCAUCCAGAUACUGGAGAAAUGUUAACAGAUCAACAAUUUAUUGAAUAUUGCUAUCAAGUAGCAAAUUCAGUUCAAUGGGGUGGUGAAAUUGAACUAAGAGCUUUAUCCCAUAUAUUCAAAAUACCAAUCAAAGUAAUUCAAGCUGAAGGAUCUGAUAUCACUAUUGGAAUAGAGUAUACUAGUUGUAAUAAAGUAUUAACAUUAGUGUUUCAUCGGCAUAUGUAUGGUUUAGGUGAACAUUAUAAUUCUGUAUGCUCAAUUUAGUGUAUUCAUGUUGUAUACUGAAUGUUUCUAAUAUUGAUUAAAUAUAUAAUUCAUUUGAAAAUUAA